AGAACCUUUGUGGAAAGUUAACAGUAGUGUUUUUAUGCUUGGGUAUGAAACGACGUUAAAUUUACAGAUAUACCCAACUUUUUUGAAACCAUCAGCUGUUAAUUUAGAAUUUGAAUAUUUUUUGCCAUAUUUUUUUACAAUUUCAUCUGAAAAUUAUAUUCAAGGUUUUUCAAAGACUCAAACUAAUAGAAUGAAGUAUUCCUUUAGUGGGGUGUUCAAGUCUUUGGACUCAUUUAAUUACACUUUUACUGCUGUUUUUAAUCACACGUUGUGUCCAAUCGGUGGUAUGUUUACAUUAGAAAUCCCUUUUGUGUUUUCAUAUCAAGUUGAAACAGAAAAGCCCGGUAAAAUAACACAGACAUUUCAAAAACAUGUCGAAUGUUUUAACUAUCCAAAAACUUCUUUCGCUUCAGUUCUCCAAUUUUUUGCAGAAAGUUAUGCAAGAGAAUUUUGUUGGGAUCCAGUUAACUCUUAUAUUUAUUUAUGUAUGAAUCAAUAUUAUCGAAGUACAAAAGUAGCAUGUUGGUUCUCUAAAGACAACGGAAAUUUAUGGGCUGCUGUAGAUAUUCGAGUUGGUUCAGUUCUCGGUCGUCACUCAGUUACUAGAGAACUUUACGCAAUUCAUCGGAAUCGAAAAACGUACUUAAUGUUUCAUAAUUAUUUCCACAAAUGGCUUGUUAUUACGACUCAACAGUUUAUGGAAAUGGCUUUCAGUUAUCUUGAUCCUUCUUUGCAUAAAAGUUUGGAAGGUGAUUUUGAUCAAAUAUAUACUUUUGGAAAAAAUCAAUGGUUAGGUAAUUCUACAGGCUUGUUUUUUCGAAACCUUGGAAACGACACAUGGAUUCUAAGAGUUCGGUGGCCAGAGUACUAAGUCUUCAACAACUAUAUGGAUUUUGUUGAGAUUUUCGUAUCCAAUAAUAACAAAUUUGAGAAAAACUUUGUUUGUUCACUUUUUUAGUUUUAUUUAACUUACCUAUAAGCUGAUGAUUUUAGAAUAAUGUUAUAAAUAUUUU